ACAUUCCACCGGCGAUUCAACGGUAACGCAAAAUACAGAUCACAGAUGGCGAGCCUGUGGCGGGCCGCAACAGGGCUGACGGAAAGGACUAACGACUACGACGGCGUAGAAUUCUGGUCCAAUCCUGAGCGCACUGGCUGGCUUACCAAGCAAGGCGAGUACAUCAAAACCUGGCGCCGCCGCUGGUUCGUUCUAAAACAAGGGAAGCUCUUCUGGUUCAAGGAAUCCUCCGUCACUCGCGCUUCCCGUCCUCGCGGUGUUAUUCCAGUUGCCUCCUGCCUCACAGUCAAGGGCGCCGAGGAUAUCCUCAACAAGCAGUACGCUUUCGAGCUGUCCACGAGGACUGAGACCAUGUAUUUCAUCGCCGAUUCCGAGAAAGAGAAGGAGGAUUGGAUCAACUCAAUCGGACGAUCAAUAGUGCAGCACUCGCGAUCGGUCACUGAUUCGGAGAUAGUUGAUUAUGAUAGCAAGCGAUGAUGAGAAUCAACAGGUGAGACUCGAUCUUGAUCGGAUUAUGCAGUUGAACGCUUGUUCAAUUUGUGUUUGUAAAUUGCUUUUGAUAUCGUUUUCUUUCCCUAUUUGUUUAAAUGUUUGUGCUUUUCUAUGAAGAAUACUCUCUGAAUGUGGUAAUUGUGAGAUCUCGUACUGUGAAUUAAAUUUCUAUUUAGUGAAAUUGUUAAGUGAGAAAUGAGCUCAAUUCAAGAUGAUCUUUACUAGAUUUUGCUCAAUUUUUUCAUCCGUUCUUUUUCUUUGAUCAAUUAAUGUUAGAUUACUUUCCUUUCUCAUAUUUGCUUAUGAUCACGAAAUGUUGGCUUAUAAGAAAUAAGAUGAAGUGAUAUUGUUAGUUUUUAUGCUAAGAUUGAGUCAUUUUAUACCGUUAAUUUGGAUAAGUGUAGUAACGAUCUGCAAAGGAAAUCAUAUUGAGGAUCACAUUGUCUUUGUUAGGGAUGGAGGAGUAAUGGAGAUAUAUGUAGGAUGAGUUCAGUGCUUGACUGUGUGUUGGCUGCAAUUUUUUUUGUGGAUUCAGCCAGUUUUAUAGGUUCCUUAGUGCUCAAGUUUAUAGAAAUGAAAUGGUUUUGAUGAUUUUGGAUUGAGUGGAAACCUGAUGUUUUUGGGAGAACUAAUGGUGGAUGCUCUCCAGGGCCUUUGAUUUUAAGUAGUUUAUAAGUUGAGGCCAAGAAUGAGUUAUGAUCUCUUGAAAUAUGUCAUAUUUGACUGUUUUUAGGACUCAGUUCUUUCCCAGAACGGGUUGGCCAUGAAAUUGUGUCCCAAGGCUUCCUAUUCAAGAUAAAUUAAGUGCUACUGG